AUGUGCUCACUUGCGUUUUUACCGGCAAACUCACCUGACCGAGCCCCAUCGUCCACUCUUAACAAGGCCUCGCCUGACGUCAACCUCACGUUGGGUAACUUUGAUGAUAUACUCCAUGCUCUCACCAACGCCGACAGCCUACUGCCUGCAGUGAUGCACCCGUCACCAGACUCUACCAGCGAUGGCGCCAUCUCCGACGCCAGCAGAAGCAGCAGCAAGGACGAACCGACUGCCAGGCAAAUUACCGCACGACGUCGACUCUACCGGGAAAACCAAAAGCUUGGUCGCGGUGAAUUGCGGCGUCAGGUGGUCGAAUUAAGCGAAGAGCUCGCGCGACGCAAGCCGACACGAGCUGCCGAGAAGGCGCGACUCGAAGCGUCCUGCCCACCAGCUUUUUUCCUGUGGCAAUCAUGCGCUCUCCGCCAGCGUGAAGAACGGGAACCCGCUGAAGCCGAGCAGAGGCAACUCAUGGCUGCUAUCAACACUCAAGCUACCUACAUCGGCACUCUCAGCAGCAUCGCACAAAAGAGCCUUCGCGUUGACUUCCAAAUGCGGAAGAGGCGGCAUACUUUGACUAUUCAGGGCAACUACGCACGCUCGCAGGAAAUAUUUGCAGCGUGCAUCAUCAAUGAGCUAGAAACAGAUUCAACGGUGCGAUCGGAGCAAAGGCAUGAAUCCGAUGGAGAGCUGGAGUACUUCCAACGAGCGACCAAAGAGGUGCAGCCUUACUCACUCUACGACACUGGUUGCUCCCUUUGGGAUGUGACGGAUCACUAUCACGCUGCAAAAGACAAUUUCAGGCGUUACGAAGACGUCAAGGACCCCGAAAACACUUACGCCGCUACGUUUACCGACACCUUCAUACUGAGCACUGGCGAGGAGGUGGAAAUACUGGGGAGGCUGAUGAUCCGUCGCAUUUUUGAGGACGAACGCAUCGUCAUCACGUGGAAAUUAAUUUCGGAGGGUCAAGGGGGUUUCAGUGGGCUGCACCAGGACGAGACGGGUUGGUGCUGGUUAUACCCUUCGACGGAGACCAAUCAACCCGGUACCGUUCUGGCGUCGUGCAACCGACGUGCACCGCUGCACUUCUUGUCUGUGAACGAGGCUGUACGGCAUCAGUUUGAUAAGAUGCUGCGAAAAAACGACCGGAAAGCUUGGGCCAAAGUCGUGUCUUCACUGGAUAAGCUGGUGCUGGACAACGCGUUUGCCGGUGUCGAUAUUUAA